AUAAAACUGUCACUGCCUUCAACAUCUCGUUAGCUAAGUCAUAAAUGUCGCAUGCAUUUUUUUUUUUACAAGAGAAGUUGCAGUCUGAAGACAAAAGAAAUGAUUUAGGUGAUGAGUUAAAUUGCGAGUUUGUAUUUCCUUCCUUAUUUACACUUCUCACAUUUUUACUGAUCAUCAGAUCAGAGCCUAGUUUAUUUCAUCAGCCCAAUAGCUCUCUUCUUAGGUUACCAUAUUCCUUAUCUUGAAAGCUUGAUCCUCCACGGUCCGCUUCUCUCGUUGUUUGAAAGAUGAAGAAUGGUAAGAUGAGAGGUUUUAUGUGCCAGUCCACAGCAGUAAAUGCAGCGUGCAUGGCAGCUGAUCCUCGCUCGGCUGUGAUGCCAAGAAGGCUAGACAGAAUCCUUAUAGAUGAAACAAGAUUAAUCAACAAUGCCAAGUACUCUAGGCUUGCUGAGUCUCCACGAUUUGUUGGAGGAGACAAGAGACGAAUUGUCACUCCCUUUAUCAGAAGGGAACAAAAUCAAGAACAGAAGCCAAAGCCCCUUAAGAAACCAGUUCAACUAGCUUCAUCAGAUUUCCAGGUGGUUGUCAUGCGGGUCUCUCUUCAUUGUCAAGGUUGUGCUGGUAAAGUGAAGAAACAUUUAUCCAAAAUGGAAGGCGUUACAUCAUUCAGUAUAGACCUUGAGAGCAAAAGGGUGACGGUGAUGGGGCACGUAUCGCCAGUGGGAGUCCUGGAGAGUAUUUCAAAGGUGAAAAAGGCAGAGUUCUGGCCAUGUUGAAACCGGGAGAGCCUCUGAGCCUUUUACUCGGAAAGGGAAAAGAAGUGACAAAGUACCAAAGUUGCAAAGAGAAAUCUCAGACGUUGGCUUUAUCUCAGAAUUGGGUAAAUCUUUAAUUUUAGUGGUCCUCAGUCCUCGCCCAAAAUAAAAGAGGGAUGGAUCUAGUAGGUAUGGUCUUUGGAGUAUGUGAGAAUUGUCGAUGGGGAUGUCCCAUCGUUUGACACUUGAUAUUAUUAUGUGCCAAAUAUUAAUUAGUCUUCCCUUUAAAUUAU